AUGUAUGGCAAGCAGGCAGCUGCCGAAAUGGCGGUCUUCGAGAUGAGCCACGUACAGGCAAUCAAAGACCUGGUGGAAAAGGAGAAGAUCGAUUGCGACUUCGUCUUGACUCGCGCCUAUGAUGUCAUUCUUGAUCCUGAGUUAGCUGAGAAGACCAAGAGGGAGUUUGACCAAUUGGUUGAAGAGACGUUUCCCACGGUCAAGGACGUUUGGUACGCCCCGGCCGCGGCUGCCAGAACCCUCACGGGUGUCAAGGACGCUCAGUGUGCCUUUUCUUUCACCGUGGGCAGCUUGUGGCCGUACAAGCUCGUAACUCACCUAUUGUCGCUGGCUGUGAAGCGAGGAGUGAACCUGCAGACACACACCCCCGUGACCUCUGUCUCCGAUACCCAGGAUGCAGAUGGCUAUUGGCUUGUGUCGACUCCUAGAGGGGUCGUUAAGGCGAAGAAAGUCAUCUUUGCCACGAACGGCUACACCGCAGGGAUUCUACCAGAGUUUCGGGAGAAGAUCAUUCCUGUUCGUGGUGGGGGCCGGCCUGCGUACUGGCACAAGGAGAAUGAGUGGUACAACAACUUCGAUGACUCCAAGAUGAUCCAGCCCGCCGUAACGUAUUUCGAUGGUCUCAUGCAAAGAACCUACCGCGGCUGGGAGCAUAGUGACGCGUCUGUCGAUAAAGUCUGGACAGGAAUCUUGGGCUACACAAACGAUCUCAUGCCGUAUGUGGGUGCUGUUCCUUCAAAAGAUGGUCAAUUCGUCUGUGCUGGAUUCAACGGGCACGGUAUGCCGGCUAUUCUGCUCACAGCCAAAGGCAUUGCUAAGAUGGUUCUCGAGGACUGCACCUUCGAGGAAACAGGUGUACCUUGGCCCUUCCAAGUCACUACAGCUCGCCUGAAAAAUCCGGGCAAUGCGAUUCGGGAUAUGGUAAAGCAGGCAAAGCUCUGA